AUGCAAGUUCAUCCUCCCUUGGAGGAAAAUGAGACAAGGAAACUUUUCAUGCAUACUCUCAAAGAUCCCUUCUUCGGGAACUUACUUGUGAUAACUUCCAAGAGCUUCACCGACAUUGUGAUUAUCGGUGAAAUGGUAGAGAUGGCUAUCAAACAAGAGAAAAUAGAAGAAAGUGAAUCCCAUAAGAGGUCAUCCUCAGAAUACUGGUCUAUUCGUGAAAGUUGGUCAGUGGCUUCCGCUAAUCUUGCUGCUGCAAAAGAGAAAUUUGGACGAGAAAUUUGUGUAUUUGAAACUGCAGGACCAUUGUCAACUCAAAAUGAUGUGCCCAACACUGAGGAAUCAGAUGACAUCUACGAGUUCACUGCAGAAGACUAUCAGCGAGUGAUGGCAGCUAAAAAGGAAGAUAAGUACUUUAAGACACGAAAAAUUCGACAAGUAGAAGAGGCAUACCGAAGAUCAAGAAUAACAAAGGCUGUGAUAAGGGGUCGAUUUCCUGAUAACCACACAUUAGAGGUCACGUUUAAUCCGUCAGAGACAAUUCAGUGCUUGGUUGACCUUAUCAUGAAAGUGAUUGCUCGACCAGAUUUACCGUUCUAUUUGUAUACUACUACUCCUAAGAAGCAAAUAAAGGACAUGACACAGGAUUUUUUCUCUGCCGGUUUAAUUCCGGGUGCAAUUGUGUAUUUCUCAUAUGAUCUCCCAAAAGGCAACGAUGGUGCAGCUGCCAAUUCGGCCGCCUUCCUUCUGGAUGAUGUCAUGUCCUUGAAGGGUUCGGAGGUCAUAGCUGGUACUGAGCAGGCAGAGCCGGUUCAGUCUGCCCCAGAAACCGCUGCUGGUGCCAGUACAGUGCCAUCUCCUGCUGUUCAAGCAAGCAAGCCGAGUGAUACAAAAACCGUCAAGCCGAAGUGGUUCAAAAUGUGAAUCGAGUUUGACCACCUAAAAGGCGAGCUUCUUAUAGUCUUUUGGCACUUG